GGUGACCAUGUGCGGUUGCUGAAAGGGUUCCGGCAAAAUGAGACAACUUCAGCUGAUUCUCGUAGUUUUGUUGUUCCAAUUCGGUGGUGUAGUGUUGGGAGGCUCGUUUUGGAAAAGCACAUUCAGACAGUUGGUCUGGGAAGCGAAAGAUCUGUACAAAAUAUGUUCGACGAAAAAUGAUUCUCGGUGGGAGUGCUUGAGAGACGAAAGCUUAGCUGCGGUGGACGAGUUUGCAAGUCGUGGGAGGAUACCGCUGGUGGAUGGUAUCAACUUGGUUCGAGUGACAAGUGAUAAUGAAAAAUCGAAAACAAUGGCACAGGAUGCAUCGAACAGCACGGAAGCUACCAAUAGCCAUGGCAUGUCAUUCAAUCAUGAUGCUGAACAAGAUUACAGGAGCGGGCUCCCUUCGAGCUCGAGUAAAUCAUGGACCACACGCGUCUUGAGAGCCCUGGAUCACAUGUUUCAAACGCAUGUGCUGCAGAUUGAUUUAUUAAAUCCUGUUGACGGUGGGAAGCAGUGGAUAAGCAAGAAGGACGCCAACUGGCUGUGGAAGUAUUACCGGAAGUUGAAUAAUCAGUCUGUCGUUGAAGGGCGCCAUCGCCGCCAUCGGCACCAGAUGAUACCGAUGAUGAUAUUCGGUGUGACGGUGUUCGGCAUGUUUGCGAUUCCGAUGGGAUUCCAGUUCCUGGCAGCGCUCAGCGGAAAAGCGUUCCUGAUGGCGAAGCUCGCCCUGCUGCUGGCAUCAAUCAACGGACUGAAAAGGGUAAGCCUUGCGUAGCAGCAACUGGCGUUCACUACGGCUUUCACACCGUAGAUCCUCACCACCUACACCACGCGCAGUCGGUCUUGUACGAUCGCGAUUCCACAUACGGACCUCGCCUUUUACCUCCUAUUGAAUAGCAGCUA